AUGAUUUGUCCUCUCAUUUGUGAUUAAAACUGCAUCAAUCACUUGUUUGAAAAAGGAUAGAUUAUAUCAAUAGUAAGUGUGAUGUUCGCAGUUACAAUCAGCUGGUUCUUGAUUAGGAAACAUUUAAAUUAUUUCAAUUUCCCCUAUUUUCAAAGCAAAAUUAUAAUAAUAUUAAUGAUGUCUCCUUUUUAUGCUGUCAUUUCAAUACUAUCACUAGAGAUAUCAAAUUUAGCAUAAUACUUUGAAUUGAUAAGAGACAUUUACUUAGCAUUUUUAUUGUUUACAUUCUUUUAUUUGAUGUUUUCUUAUAUGGCAUACGAUGAGGAAUUAGACAAGAUAACAGAUGAGAAAGUGUAUGGGACGAUGAUUUAAAAUGAAGAAUAUAUAGAGCAUUUGUGGCCAUUCAAUCAUUGUUCAAGGAAAUACUAUUUAACAACUGAGUCUAAGGCUAAAUACUUCACAUAUAGAUGUAAGAAAUUUGUACUCCAAUAUUGCAUCGUUAAACCAGUUUUUACUUUUUUUUUGAUCUUUUCAUAACCCUUCCAUUCAAACUUUAUUACCUAUUUGGAAUUGGCCUCCGAAAUCAUUAUUGUUUUGAGUGAAUCCUUUUCUCUGUAUUAUUUAAUCCUCUUCUAUGUAGCCCUUAAGAAACCUUUAAGUCCUUAUAAACCACUACUGAAAUUCUUGAUAAUAAAAAUAACUCUAUUCUUUACAUUUUGGUAAUCCCUUGUGUUGUCUGUAUUCAAAAAAUAAAUUGGAGAAUGCUUCGAACCAGACGAUAUUCACUUUACAGAUGAAAGAAUCAUUAGCAGUAUAGAGAAUACCUUGGUGUGUUUGGAGAUGUUCAUCAUGACAAUUGCUUGCAUAUUUGCUUUCAGUUACGCUGAAUUUAAGAAGGAUUAAAAUACUUAGGGAUCGCUUAGGAAGGCUAUAAGCGAUAAUUGGAAGGCCUUCAAACAUGACUUUAGAUUAAUAAGGCCGAAGAAGUUUGGAUACACGCCAAAGGUACAUCAUAUAGAAUUGAAGGAGAGAUUGAAUUUAUCAAAUGAAGUUGAUAUUCAAUUUGAGAGAAUGAAUGUGAAAUAAGAAUAUUUAUGA